UCCUGAGAGAUGGCAGAGAGGCGUCUCUGUUGCCAUGACAUCCAUUGCGCAUAGUGAUUGGUGGAGUCGGCUCUGCCGCAGGGGCGAGUGGGAAGCGAAUGAACGCUGCGGGUUUAGAAGAGGCAGCCUCAGGUACUAAUCACCAUCAUGCCUACUUCCGAGCCCCCCAAAAGCAGGCGGGAGGCAGUCUAUUCCUCCCCUGCUAGUUCUGACGACGAGGGGGCCGGCAAGUCUUCCACUUUCUCCCUGAUCUCUGACAGUUUCCAUCCAGAGUUAUCAGAUUUCCAUCAUGGGGGAGAGGGAGAAACAACAACAACUAGCAGGGGAUCGAGCAUCCCUCAGAAGAUGAAACACCACCAUAGUCUGGAACAAAUUAAGGAUACAAAUAAACUUUCACCUGUUCACAAUAGUCUUUCACCAUGGGAAGAAUGGUUCCUUUGCAAAGAGAGAGAACUACGUGCUCGUUUACAAAUGAAAGCUUUGGAGGAAAUGAAUCAGCAAAUGGAGGAAACAAAGGAAAAACAAGAACGAGAAAGAAAAAAAUUAAUUGCUGAAGAGAAACACAAAGAAUGGGUCCAAAAAAAAAAUGAAGAGGUGAAAAGGGAAAGAAAAGAAAGACAGCGUAAGCUCAAAAGAGAAAUGAGAGAAAAGGAAAUAAAACAGUUUGAGGAAAUACAGUCAAAGGAAAAAGCAAAAGAAAUGUAUAAGGAAUGGCUGAAGAAAAAGAACAUGGAAGAUCUUCAAAAAAAGAAAGACGAGAAAGAAAAGGAAAAGCUACGGGAAGCUGAAUUACAGGAGAAAAAAGAAAAAUCAGAGAGGAUGUUCAAAGAAUGGCUGCAGAAUUCUAAAAACAAGCCCCGCCCAGCCUCUGCUGGCUGUGCCUAUGUCAAUGGGAAACUUGCAACAUACCCAGAUGGAAAUGCCUACCCAGCUCCAGCCUUUUACAACCCCAUACCUUGGAAACCAAUUCCUGUGCCUCCUCCUAAGGAAGAGAAGUAUGUUUCAGUGAAGAAAAAUAAGAGGCCUCUAUCCAGUCACACCCAUAGAUCUUCAUCAGUGCUUUUUCAAAAAUCCAAGAGUAAUGUUUAUCUUGGAUCAUUACACAGACUUCAUAAAUAGCAUAGGCAUUUUGUGUAUAAUAUUAGUGAAGUUUAAAGUGUUGCAUUAGGUGUGACAUGUAAACAUCUAUGAUUUCUUGGCUUUUGAUACUUUUUCAUUUUUUAUUGUUAAAGCACCUAGUAGAAAAAUAAAUGAUAAUUUCAUUUUAUAUAGGAUAUCUUGUGAGCCAUAUCUUUGUGUUAAAUACUUAAAAGUAUUAUAUUUACAUAUGCAACUUCUAUUGCUUUUGUGCUUUUUUUGAGCUAGCUAAUGUUACGAGAUCACCACAGUACAGUGGAAAGAUAAAUCAAAGUUUUGGCUGCAAGCUAAAACUAAGGCUUUGGAUUUUAAUCCAUUUGGGCCUAUAAAGUCAAUUAACUGUAUUGGGUUUUAUCUAACUAUGCUUGUUAAACUAACUUGCAGAGUGUGGAGCUGAACAUUCUAAUACUCUAUUUAUUGAUUUGUGAAAUGCAUCCCUUUAAUAUGAAAUAAAAGAUAUGUACUAUAUUUGUAAUAUAUUUUCUCUUCAUCUUAGUUUUUCUGAUAAUGCUAUUGGUUUGUAGUAGGUAAUUGUAUAAAUAGUAUUUAUUUUAAAUCUUAAGCUAGCAGAAGAAAUAGAAGUUUUAUAAAGUAU